UCAAACAUGAGGCAUUGGUCCGCAAACAUAUUUCAGCUGAGCAAUUGACGAUAACAUGGAUCGUUACAAUAAGAUCUAUAGUGUUUUGCUGACUUGGAUUGCUUACGUAUACGUAGGUUAACAGCUAAUAGCAGAUUCGAGAAUAGUGAGUGCUUCACUGUCGUGAAUUUUAUAGAAGAUACAAGCAGUAAGCUACAAAAGCUGAUAAAAUAUCUCAUUUUUAAAAAUGUUUCAGGAAAUUAGGGAUUCAAAUUACGACAAGCAGGGCUUGAUAUUGAUGGUGACUCUGAAAUUCAAUAUCUAAUCACUUGAAUGCGAACAGUGUGUGCUGAAUGUGCUGCACAAACAAGGUCAAUUUACAAUAUUCAUUUCCUCGCAUAAAUUCACGCUAUCAGCCGGAAAACACUUUUGUGUCACCUGCUUUGUGUCUUGAGUACUGACCAUAGCGUCGAGACGUAUUUGUGGAGUUUGUUACACUCAACAGGGAUACUGUUAGGAUGUCUCAAAUCAAAGUUACUCCAUUAUUCGUGGAAGGCGCUUAUGUUAUCGAAUUCCCACAAUAUAAAGAUCACCGAGGUUAUUUCGAAGAACUAUACAACGUGACAAAGUACCCUGAAGAGAUUCCCAUUACAAAAAUACAACAAUUAUCGACCUCGCACUCACAUGCAAAUGUUUUCAGAGGUCUACAUUGUUCACCGUACUACAAGCUUGUAACGUGUGUAUCUGGAGAAGUUUACGAUAUCAUUGCUGAUGUCCGCCAAGACUCUUCUACGUAUUUGAAAUGGGUUCGAGUAAGACUGACGGCUGAAAACCAUAAGCAAGUAUUUGUACCCGCAGGAUGUGCUCAUGCAUUCUAUGCAACUAAAGACAAUUCUAUUAUGGUGUAUGCUCAGGGUGGUACAUUCAACCCAGUGUCUGAUAGGACAAUAUCGUGGAAAGACCCUGUUCUCAGCAUUCAGCUACCAACAUGCGAUGACGUCAUAAUUUCAGAAAAGGAUGCAAAGGCAGUAGAUUUGCAACUUGAUCCAAUUAAAUUUAAAUCAAAUAGAAAACGGAUCCUGGUUAUCGGAGCCUCAGGAAAACUUGGAAGUGCAAUAUGUUCAUAUGUUGAUGAGAAUUGUGAAGACAUGAUUACAUUGAAAACACACUUUGAACACAGAGUAUCUAAAGGUUCUAUGAAGUACGACUUGGAACUAGCUGGAAAGGAUCUGGACCACGCCGACGAUGUACUGGAUAUUUGCUGCCCUCAAGUGGUUAUAAUAUGUGGAUCGUGGACAAACGUGGGUCAGUGCGAUAUUGAACCUGAUAAAUCCGCUGAAGUUAUGAUCAAAGGGCCGGCAAACAUAGCCAAAUGUGCAAAAAGAAGAGGAAUCAAAGUUGUAGCCAUUUCUACUGACUAUGUUUUCGAUGGCAAAAGAGGUAUUAAAGAUGGUCCCUACAAUGAAGAAGAUGUUGCGAACCCUUUUUCUGCAUACGGUAAAAACAAAUAUGAAAUGGAAAAGCAAAUCAUUGAUGCCACUAACGGUGAUGCAUUGAUUGUAAGAACAACGACGGUAAACGGGAAAGAUCACCGACAGUCUGGCGCUUUCUAUACCUUGUAUGAAUACUUAAUGAGUGGAAAAGAAUUCUUUGUUCCAGAAGCGACACGAUCACCAACAUACGUAAAAGAUUUGGCCAAAAUUGUCAUAGAAUUGAUAAAGAAUGACGCAAAGGGAAUAAUUCAUGGGUGUGGAGACGAAAUUGGGUCUUUACUCGACUAUUUCCAAAAGGUCACAGUUGUUAUGGGUUUCGAUCCCAACUUAAUAAAAACAAGAGAAAGAAACAAAUAUCAACCUGAAUACUCUGCCAUGUCAUCUGACAAGAGAAAAAAACUUCUUCCUAAUUUUAAAAGCCGUUCAACUGAGGAAGCUGUAAGAGAUUGGAUGGAUAUGGAAGAAGAAUUUUGUAACAAAAUCAAACAAAAACAUUCCAAAUGAAAACACGAAUACAGGGUACCGUGAAUAUUGAGAUUGGCGUAUCCGAAUAUUGAUAAAUACAAUAUAAUAUAUAAUCAAAGUAUUUGUAUUUUAUGCGUAAAAAAAAAUUCUAAAUGAGAGUA